AUGAGUGAUAUUUUGAAAGAUAAUCGUUUUGCCAAAUAUUUGAAUGAUCCUCGGUACAGACAAAUACCUAAACAUGAAAGGAAAGUUAAAAUCGAUAAAAGGUUCCAGUCUAUGUUCAGUGAUGAAAAAUUUAAAGUUAAAUAUUCGGUUGAUAAACGGGGCCGACCAGUAAAUGAAACUUCUACAGAAAAUUUACGCAAGUAUUACGAAUUAGAAUCAGAGGAUGAAACAAGUGACGAAGAUUCAGAGACAGAUGAAACUAAAACACAGAAGGAACAGAGUUCUCAGGAAGACGAAGAAGAACAGUCUAGUGUAGGCCGUUUCGUACGAAGACUGCCCAGUGACGACGAAGAUUCUACAAAAGAUAAAGAAUCAAAAGUAUCUUUCCAAAACGAUAAACUGGAAAGAGGCGCUUUGGAUAAGAAAACUAAGAAAAGAUUGUUGGACUUAGAUAUUGAUUAUGCUAGAGGCGAAGGAGUUUUGAUGACCGACUCAUCAAGUGACGAAGAAAGUAGUGGCUCUGAAGAUGAUAGUGAAUUGGAACAUGAAUGGGGUGAACUUGAUGCUGAUGCUGAAACAACAGAGGAAUCUACCAAAAGGCUUGCUAUUUGUAACAUGGAUUGGGAUAAUAUUAAGGCGACAGACUUAAUGGUUCUUCUCAGUUCAUUUUUACCUCCAGGAGGUGUUAUACAUAAUGUUACGAUAUAUCCUUCUGAAUAUGGACUGAAAAGAAUGCAAGAAGAGGAUAUAAGAGGUCCGAUUGAAUUAACAGAAAACAAAGAAGAAGAAAUAAACUCGGAUGAUGGGGGAAAUGAAGAAGGUUCUACAUACCAUAUGGAGAAGCUACGGAGAUAUCAAUUGAACAGGCUCAAAUAUUUCUAUGCUGUUGUUGAAUGUGAUUCAGUAGCAACUGCUGAUAAAUUGUACAGUGAAUGUGACGGGAUGGAGUAUGAGAGCAGCGCAACAAAACUUGAUAUGAGAUUCAUACCAGAUGAUGUUACAUUUGAUCAGGAACCCCGUGAGACAUGUAACAACCUCCCAGAUUUAACUAAAUACAGGCCUCGGUUAUUUACAACCACAGCAUUACAACAGGCUAAAGUUGAUCUCACCUGGGACACUACAAACCCAAACAGAGCCGAAGCUAUCAAGAGUGCUCUUAGUGGAAAAAUUGAUAAUUUAGAUCUCAAAGAAUAUCUGGCUUCCAGUAGUGAAGAUGAAAAGAGUGAGGAUGAAAAAGAAAAUUCAGAUGUUGAAGACAAUGAAGAUCCAAUACAGAAGUACAAAAUGCUUCUACAAGAUAUUGAGAACAAAGAAGAUAAGAAACAGAACAAAGACAUGGAAAUGGAGAUUACAUGGGGCUUAGGAGUUAAAGACAAGGCUGAACAGUUGGUCAAGAAAAAGAUGACUGAAGAUGAUAAGAAUUUGACACCGUUCGAAAAAAUGAUGCUCAAGAGAAAAGAAAAGAAAAAAGAACGUAAAAUGAAGAAUAAACAAAAUGUAGAAGAAAAUAAAUCUGAUUCUGAAAGCGAUUCUGACAUACCAUCCGAUGUUGACAUGAAUGAUCCGUACUUCGCAGAAGAAUUUAACAAACCCGAGUUUAAAAAGAAAUCUAAAAAUAAAAAACAAUCUGAAGAUAAUGAGGAUGAUGAAGGGAAAAGAAACGCGGAGUUAGAACUUCUAUUAGAGGACGAUGAUGGAAAACAACACUUCAGCCUCAAGAAAAUACAAGAAGCUGAGAAUAUAACGAAUAAGUCGAAACGGAAACGGAAGCUUAAAGAAAAAAUGAAGCAACAGAAAUCAACAGUUCCAGACUUUGAGAUUGAUGUUGAUGAUAAGAGAUUUUCAGCUCUGUAUGAAUCACAUCACUACAACAUAGACCCCACAGACCCGAACUUUAAGAAGACUAAGAAUAUGGAAAAAUUGAUUAAAGAGAAAUUAAAAAGACGACCAGCGGAUAAUAUGGAGACGGAACCAAACGCUAAGAAAUCGAGGGAAGAAACUGAGCUCAAUAUGUUAGUUAAAAAUAUUAAACGCAAAACAAAAGAUGCAUUAAAAAAAUAA